UAGUUUCUCGUCUACGUCACCAUCACUACUGUAGCACACUUCUCUCUCCUCGUGAGUUACGCAUGGAUGUUACACAGCCCGGUUACAGGACGACACUGAACUAUGGGAAUACCUGAGAAAUGCUGCAUCUGCAUUCAAGCGAGCAUAGACGAGAUUUUAUUCCUCAUUGGCGCCACAAAAUGAAUCCACGUGUAAUUUUGGCUUCUUUCUAUUUGAUUGCCACCGUUGGUUUUAUUCCAGUGUGUUUAUGUGCCCAGGGCAGAUAUGCAUUCAAGCUGCUUAAGGAUUUAUUCGUGAACUACACCAGUGCGCUGAGGCCUGUGGAGGACACAAACAACAUCAUUAACGUCACCCUGCAGAUCACCCUCUCGCAGAUCAUCGAUAUGGAUGAACGAAACCAGAUCCUCACAACAUACCUGUGGAUUCGCCAGGUCUGGUUUGAUGCCUACCUCACCUGGAAUACGACAGACUACGAUGGGCUUGAUACCAUCCGCAUACCUAGUAGUUAUGUAUGGAGACCCGAUGUUGUCCUAUAUAACAAUGCAGAUGACCAGUUCUCCAGCUCUAUGGAGACUAAUGUUGUGAUCCGCCAUGAUGGCCAGAUUAUGUGGGACCAGCCCGCAAUAACCAAGAGCUCCUGCAAAGUGGACGUUUCGUUUUUCCCCUUUGAUGUCCAACACUGCCGCCUCACCUUCGGUUCUUGGACUCACAACGGUAACCAGAUGGACCUUCAUAACGCCCUGGACAGUGCAGACUUGGCUGAUUUUGUGGAGAACGUGGAGUGGGAGGUUCAGGGAAUGCCUGCUAAAAAGAACGUGAUUCUAUAUGGCUGCUGCUCCGACCCCUAUCCAGACAUCACCUACACACUUCAUCUGAAGAGAAGAGCUUCCUUCUACAUCUUCAAUCUGCUCAUUCCCUGCAUGAUGAUCUCCUUCUUGGCUCCGCUGGGCUUCUACUUGCCGGCAGACUCUGGAGAGAAGGUGUCUUUAGGGGUCACAGUGCUACUGGCCCUUACAGUCUUCCAGCUUCUGGUUGCAGAGAGCAUGCCUCCUUCAGAGAAUGUGCCGCUUAUAGGGAAAUAUUACAUAGCCACAAUGACCAUGAUAACAGCCUCUACAGCCCUGACCAUCUUCAUUAUGAACAUCCACCACUGUGGACCAGAAGCCCAACCAGUUCCCUCAUGGGCGCGCCGAUUUAUCCUCAACUACCUGGCUCGGUUUUGCUUCGUCUACGAUAUGGGACAGAGCUGUGUGUCCGUUCACACAGAUCAACCAGCGAAGAAGGGAAACAACUGCACCAUAAAUGGCCAAGCUAGAGGGGAGGACUUUGCUUUGCGGCUACAUGAAGGGUGUUCACAAAAGGUGAAAGAUCAAUUUAAUGAAGAUGCCAGUCCAACGUUAUCUCCACAACAAAGAAAAGAGCACCAGUCUGGCUGGAGAAUUGGUACCUUUGUGGAGAUUGAGCAUGGAGAGUCUGCAGGAGCUACAGGAGAGACGGGAGCAUCAAGGAAAGAAUCGGUGAAAAAGAGGGAGAUACUUGUUGAAAGUCAGUGUUUGUGCCAUCAGCAAGCCCUUCUGAGGAACGUUGAGUACAUUGCCAACUUUUACCAAGAGCAAAAGGCCACACAAAGACGAAACGCGGAGUGGCGGAAGGUUGCUAAAGUCAUGGAUCGCUUCUUUAUGUGGAUAUUCUUCAUCAUGGUCUUCCUCAUGAGUUUGCUUAUUAUAGGGAAAGCUGUCUGAAUGUUUGAUAUGAAAGACAACUGGGGGCGUUGUGCAUAAACAUCUGCAUACUACAUUUGUGAGUAUUAAAAUGGAAAACAAACUGAGAUAAUGUCAUGGACUCUAAAGGCUCUAGUAUACUUUAAAUAAAAUUCUUUGUUUGAGAGUUAAAGGGCACAUAGGUUAC